AUGUUCAACAUUUUUACAUAUGUUUUGGAAGUAAAAAAAGAGCUUUUAGUUUGUGUUUCGCUGACGGUACUAUACUUAACCUAUUAUCUAGUGGAGGUAGUCAAGAAACCAAUAUUAAUAUGCCGGAAAGGCGAAUUCCGACAAUUAUUGGAGGACAAUGUUCCGAUAUUGAAUGAAUACUACUGGCCUACUCCUUGGUGUGUUGAAUCACGGUUGCAGACUGUUCUUGGUUCAGUACUCCGAUCUCUGCUGCUGCCUCCGUUGAAAUUUAGGCGGGAGGUGCUGCGGCUGUCCGAUGGGGGCCAGGUGGCGCUGGACUGGCUGGUGGAUGAGGGCGCCGAAGGCAGCGGCUGCGGGGAGGAGCGGGCCGUGAUGCUGGUGCUGCCCGGGCUGACGGGCGGCGCGCAGGCGGACUACGUGCGCUGCCUCGCCGCCGCCGCGAGCUCCCUGCGCGCCUCGCUGGUGGUGUUCAACAACCGCGGGCUGGGCGGGCUGCCGCUCACCACGCCGCGGCUCUACUCCGCCGUUAGCCACGAGGACGUGGCGGAGGUGGUGGCGGCGGUGGCGGCGCGCGGGGCGCCGGUGCUGGCGGCGGGCGUGUCGCUGGGCGGGCUGCUGCUCGGCCGCUACCUGGCGGAGAGCGGCGCGCGCGCACAGGUGCACGCCGCGCUCAUCGUGUCCUCGCCGCUGGACGUGGAGCAAGGCUCGCGGUGCAUGGAGCGGUGGGGCCUGAACGCGGCGCUGUCGUGGCACAUGGCGCGGCGCCUGCGCGGCACGGUGCGCGCGCGGCUGCCGGCGUGCGCGGCGCGCGUGCGCGGUUGCCGCUCCGUGCGCGCCUUCGACGCCGCCUUCACGGCGCCGCACUUCGGGUUCGCGUCGCCGGACGCCUACUACAGCGCCGCCUCGCUGCGGCCGCGCCUCGGCCUCGUGGCGCGCCCGCUGCUCUGCCUCUGCGCCGCCGACGACCCCUUCCAGCCGCUGCACGGUGAGCGUCGCCCCCGCCCCGCCCCGCCCCGCCCCCCCUUUGACGCCCGCUCUAACGCCCGCGCGGCCGCAGUGCUGCCGGUGCGCGAGGCGGCGAGCAGCGCGUGCGUGGCGCUGUGCGUGACUGCGCGCGGCGGCCACAUCGGCUUCCUGGAGGGGCUGUGGCCCGCCAGGCCGGCGCCGGCCCAGUACUUGGCGCGCUUCGCCGCGCAGUACUUCGCCGCGCUGCUGCCCCGCCGCCCCGCAACCCCCGCAACCCCCGCACCUCAAACACCUCCAACACCUCCGCCGCAAACGCAA